GGCUGCGCGGCUGCGCACUACUGCCGCCGCUGUAGCCGCGGUGAGAGGAGUGGAUGCGAUGGCUGGGCCCGCGUGGAUGUCCAAGGUCUCUCGGCUGCUGGGGGCAUUCCACAACCAAAAACAGGUGACCAGAGGUUUUGCUGGUGGUGUUAAGACAGUAACUUUAAUUCCAGGAGAUGGAAUUGGCCCAGAAAUUUCAGCCGCAGUUAUGAAGAUUUUUGAUGCUGCCAAAGCACCCAUUCAGUGGGAGGAGCGGAACGUCACCGCCAUUCAAGGACCAGGAGGAAAGUGGAUGAUCCCUCCAGAAGCCAAAGAGUCCAUGGAUAAGAACAAGAUGGGCUUGAAAGGCCCUUUAAAAACCCCAAUAGCCGCUGGUCACCCAUCUAUGAAUUUAUUGCUGCGUAAAACAUUUGACCUUUAUGCAAAUGUCCGACCAUGUGUCUCAAUCGAAGGCUAUAAAACCCCUUACAGUGAUGUAAAUAUUGUCACCAUUCGGGAGAACACAGAAGGAGAAUACAGUGGAAUUGAGCAUGUGAUCGUGGAUGGAGUUGUGCAGAGUAUCAAGCUCAUCACCGAGGAGGCAAGCAAGCGCAUCGCGGAGUUCGCCUUUGAGUACGCGCGGAACAAUCACCGGAGCAACGUCACGGCCGUGCACAAAGCCAACAUCAUGCGAAUGUCAGAUGGGCUUUUUCUGCAAAAAUGCAGGGAAGUUGCAGAAAACUGUAAAGAUAUUAAAUUUAAUGAGAUGUACCUUGAUACAGUAUGUUUGAAUAUGGUCCAAGACCCGUCCCAGUUUGAUGUUCUUGUUAUGCCAAAUUUGUACGGAGACAUCCUUAGUGACCUGUGUGCGGGAUUGAUUGGAGGUCUUGGUGUGACACCAAGUGGCAACAUUGGAGCCAAUGGAGUUGCGAUCUUCGAGUCGGUUCACGGCACCGCCCCGGACAUCGCGGGCAAGGACAUGGCCAACCCCACAGCCCUCCUGCUCAGUGCCGUGAUGAUGCUACGUCACAUGGGGCUUUUUGACCACGCUGCAAAGAUUGAGAUGGCAUGUUUUGCCACAAUUAAGGAUGGGAAGAGCUUAACAAAAGAUUUGGGAGGCAAUGCAAAAUGCUCAGACUUCACAGAAGAAAUCUGUCGCCGAGUAAAAGAUUUAGAUUAAGGCUUCUACAGAUGGUAUUUGGAUCAGUCACUCCUAACGGACGCCGUGUCAGCCUGUAUUAGAAUACCCCCCCAUUAGUAUUCAUUUGUGCAUUCGUUGCUUGUUUCUUGACAGAGUACACUUUUAGAACCUGGCCUUUUAACAAAAUCUGUGCAAGGAGGCAAGUGAUGUCCCUAGGCCUGCUUUCAAAAGACUUUUUCCAAGUGCUUGUUUUAUUUAUUAAAUGUCUAUCUGGUACACAUUUUUUGUAAACUCUAAGUGAACUGUAUCAUUUGCCAUUGUUAACCAUUUUAUGCUUCAGUUACAGCAGUUUUUCUUUAACUGUAAAUAUCAUGAUAUGGAACUAAUAGGAGAAAACAUCUAUCUUUUUAAAGAAAAACACUGAUUUCCUUGGUUUACGAAAAGUAUAAUGGAAAUAAAAUAGAGUGUUGACGUAACAGCACAAUAUUCUUAUAAAACUAUAUGGACACGAGAGAUUUCCUGGGAAAGUUUACAUCAAAAACAGUGAAUAUGAUAUAUUUCUUAGUGAUAUGGAAAUUAAAGACUGAUUUGUACUUUAUAUGAAUUACUGAGUGUGAAUAAAGACUUCAGAUCCGAGAAAUAUAUAAUGAGAAAUGUAAUUUUUGUUAAUAAGAUAUGGGUAAUAUAUCGGGUACAAAGACACAAA